AUGCUGUACCGUGUGGAGGAUAUUGCACAUACUAUCAAGUUUUUCCACAGCUGCCUGGAUUGUUAUGCUAAACUUCUGAUUAUAAUUUUAUCAGGUGACAGUGGAUGGGCUUCUAUAUGGAAGAAAUACAGACAUUGCCUACCUCCAACUGACAGUGGCCACUACAUCACAGCCAAUGACAUCAAAGUUGUCUUGGACGGAAUGGGAGUCAAGUACCAGGUUUAUGAUUUCCCUUCUGACUGGGAUAUCACUGAAUGUUUUAUCGAUGGAGAUACCACCGGAGGUCACACACUAGACUUCCUGACAGGGACAAAAGACUUCAUGAACACCGCACCCCUUGGUCUUAAGCAACAGCUUCGACAAGCUCUCGGCCGACCGGAAUGCAGCACCAAGAAGGAUGGGAGGAUUAUUUUCAGAAAUGAUCUAAGCAUGAUUGUGGUCAGCUCCUAAUAACAGGAGGAACAUCACAAGCUGUUUUGAUAGGGACAGGGCGAGCAAAUCUACAGAGAAUCCAUUGUAAAGUUGUGAGGGGACUUGUUCAGAACUGGAGGAGUGAAGUAUAAAGCCU